AUGAGACAUAGGAAAAAUCGCCACAAACAUAUUAUGGCGAAGUCUCGAUAUAAACGGUUACCUUUGCUGGUUGAUACUAAUCUAGAAGAAGCAGACUUUGAUGCCUUCAUCAGUACAGUCAGGGUGGUCAGUAUCAUGAAUAUUUGUUCAGAAAUGUAUGAUUUGAAGGAAAUUAUUUACCUUUACAAAAAUAAAGCACAGAAGCUCACAGAGGAGCAUCAGAGCCAGGAAAUCAGUUUACGAGCAAACCUGAUCAGCAAAACCUUCCAGAUAAUUCAGACAUAUUUCUACCUCAUUGCUUUCAACAGCUAUCUUCAUGAACAGUAUCCAUUAGCUUUCUCAGUCAUGUUCAGUACUUGGAUGCGGAGGAAACCCUUCUUGUACAGGCUACUGACUGCUAUGUCCAGACUGGACACGAAGACUCCUGCCAAUCUCAUCAGCGGCCGCCAUUGUGUUCUAUUUGCGGAUGAGUCCUUGGAUCUUGAUGAAAUGAGUAGUCUGAGACAAAUGAGGGUGGCAAACUACAGAAAAGUUUCAAAAAUGCCUAUAUGUGGAAUGGCACAACCAAAUCCAGAGGAAGUUGAGUCUGCCUCUAAAAUAGAUGUGUUGAGCUCUAAGAAUGCUAUAGAGACAUGGUGUGAAGAAACAAAGCAGCUGAAGCAGUUUGCAUCUUGUAACACCCUGCCGGAGGUUUUCACUCAGAUAACCAUGCAGUUUCCCCAGCUGUAUUACAAGCGCAUUCCAAUUACAGACUGCGCAGCUCCCAGAGAAGAGGAUUUUGAUGUCUUCCUUAGGGUUGUAAAAUCACAUUUAACUAUUGACCAAAACUGUGUCAUUAUACUAAACUGUCACAGUGGGAAAGAAAGAACUACUGUCGGCAUGGUCAUCUGCUUGCUUCUAACCUGGCACAUUAAUGGAUUUCCAGAACCUUUUGUGGAGGAUAUGGUAAGUAUCCCUGAUGCCAAGUAUACAAAGGGUGAAUUUGAGGCUAUUCUUAACCUGGUCCGUCUUCUUCCAAAUGGUAGUGAGAUGAAGAAGGAGGUGGAUAGAGCUCUCGAUGCAGUGAGUGAUUCAAUGACUCCCAUGAUGCAUCACUUAAGAGAGCUUAUCAUCAACACAUGCAAAAAGUCAAAAGGGGCAAAGGACAAAGACAAUGCUUCAACGUUACACUUGCGUAGUCUGCAGUACCUUAUUCUUUACCUUAUUCUUUUUGACACCUAUCUACACCUAGAGAAACCAGGAAAAUGGGAAAGAUCCUUUAAGGAAUGGAUGGAUGAGGUGGCUGCUCCAGCAGGAGUCUUUGAAAUCUUGGACAAGUUGGCAUUUCCAGAGUUUGAGGAUCCAGAAUCUACCUCCAUGUGCAGGAUGCGUUACAGGUGGCAACAACAGCGAGGUUACAAGGUUCCUUCCUUUGGGCAAAUGAUUGGAUAA